GGGCGGAGCCAGGCUAGCUGCUGCACAGGCUGGCUGGGUGGCUGGGUGGCUGGGUGGCUAAGGGACUCUCGACACUUCUUCUGGAGAAGCAAAGAGUCUGACAUGGAGCAGGGAAAGAGUCUGGUUGGCCUUUUCCUGUUGAUCUCUCUUCUUCAAGGCACUGUGGCCAAGACAAAUCAAGCAAAGCAUUUGUUAAAAGUGGACGACAACCGAGGAGACGGUUCUGUCCUUCUGACUUGUGGCUUAAAUGACAAGACUAUCACGUGGCUUAAAGAUGGGACCAGAAUAAGUCCCCCAAAUGCAACUAAAAACACAUGGAAUCUGGGAAACAAUGCCAAAGACCCACGAGGCAUGUAUCAGUGUCAAGGAGCAAAGGAGAUGUCAGCGCCCCUGCAAGUGUAUUACAGAAUGUGUGAGAACUGUGUUCAGCUAAACAUAGGCACCAUCUUCGGCUUUUUCUUUGCUGAAAUCAUCAGCGUUUUCUUCCUUGCUGUUGGUGUAUACUUCAUUGCUGGGCAGGAUGGAGUUCGCCAGUCAAGAGCUUCAGACAAGCAGACUCUGUUGCAAAAUGAACAGCUCUACCAGCCCCUCAAGGACCGGGAAUAUGACCAGUACAGCCAUCUCCAAGGAAACCAACUGAGGAAGAAGUGAACUCAGCAGGACUCAGAGUGUUCCCCCUUCUAUCCAGCACCCAGAAUCAAAGCAAUGCAUCUUGGAGAGAGCCCAGUAGAGAGAUUGCCAACCCUACAGUUAGACUUAACGUCCACAGAGAUGGCAAGCAGAGAGGAAGAACUGUCAAAGAAACUUCAGUCUUUUUUUAAAUUAAAAUAAAAGCUUGGGGAACCCAGUGGUGUGACUCAGAAGCCGAGCACUUGUCAAGCUUGCUUGAGGCUCUAGGUAAGCUUCUCAGCACCCCACCUCCAGGCCCCCAAAACACAGUGAAGGAAAACAAGCACAGCGUGGUGUUUGCAGAGCGCCCCCUACUGGGAAAAUUGUAAGUGACAAAAUUAAAAGAUCAAGUGUAACUAACCUA